AGCGGGAGGAGGUGGCGGCCUUGGGAAGAUGGCUCCUUCUCCUACCAAACGCAAGGACCGAUCUGAUGAGAAGUCCAAGGAUCGAUCUAAAGAUAAAGGGGCCACUAAAGAGUCAAGUGAGAAGGAUCGUGGCAGAGAUAAGACUCGGAAGAGACGCAGUGCUUCAAGCGGAAGCAGCAGUACCAGGUCUAGGUCCAGCUCAACCUCCAGCUCGGGAUCCAGCACCAGCACAGGCUCAAGCAGUGGCUCUAGCUCGUCCUCUGCAUCCAACCGCUCAGGAAGCUCCAGCACAUCCCGGAGCUCCAGUUCUAGCAGCUCCUCCUCCUUCUCUCCGAGAAGGGCUUCUUCUCGGCGCAGGCAUGACAACAGGCGGCGUUCCCGCUCCAAAUCCAAACCACCUAAAAGAGAUGAAAAAGAGAGGAAAAGGCGGAGCCCUUCACCUAAACCAACCAAAGUGCACAUUGGGAGGCUCACCAGGAAUGUGACCAAGGAUCAUAUCAUGGAAAUAUUUUCUACUUACGGGAAAAUUAAAAUGAUUGACAUGCCUGUCGAGAGGAUGCAUCCUCACCUCUCCAAAGGCUAUGCAUAUAUUUUGGUCCUUGUGAAUCAGAUUUGGAAAGUCCCUUAA